AUGUCCCUCCACACCUCAUACCAUGCCGAUUCCGAUGCGGAUGACGAGUAUGAACGGAGUGUGAUCACCUCCCCGCAUCUACAAACAGAUUCGGAGGCUUCUCCGAUCGAUUCCGAUAUUCCUUCAUCCGAACACACCCCUACCAAGUUUGGCUAUUCCAGCGAGGGGCCGCGUACCCCACGGUCAAUCAUCUCGGACUGGACAGCUGACGAAUGUGUGGAAUUCCUAACCUCUCUUGGUCUACUGCAAUACUGUGGAUCCUUUCGAGAGAACGGCAUUGUGGGCGAGGCCCUUAUUGCGUUAAAGCACGACGAGCUGAAGGAAAUGGGCAUCAACAGUGUCGGCCACCGUCUGACAAUCUUGAAGAGUGUCUAUGAAAUCAAAACCAGACAACAAGUUCAGUUAGACGUGGAUCACUACAUCCCACUGUCGGCGGACCAGAGCAUGAGUGAAAAUGCAUCGCAGGAGGAUAUAGCCGCGCUCAUAAUGUCUAUUCAACGCCGAGAUGAAAAGCUUAUGACUGUCGAGUCAGAAAUGCGCCGGCUCGCGGAAGAUUAUAGACGGCUCCGGGAGGAAAUCUUACCUGUCAUUAAAAUGGCUAAAGAUCGGUCGCAACCACUCCCCCCACCCUCAAUGGCUGGGGUACCUGAGUCCUACCGCGACAGUACCACUCUCACAUCUCCCUCGCAACUCACUCUCGUCGAUAACCCCCCCUCUUCGUCCACUUCGAAGAUCGCCCGAGCUUUCUCCAAGCGCACCUACACGGGCGGAAAUACUCCCAAGAAUAAUUCGCCAACCCACAUUCCUCCUUCCAUUUAUGAAACACGCCCCUAUGACGGGGGAAAUCUGGAUCCCUCUGCUGCAGCCAUGGCUGCAUCCUCGCAUUUGACAGCAUCAAUGAAUGGAAGCCAACAACACUCGCCCGGCGUCCCGUCACCAACCUCCCCGAGCCAUACCCAGCAUCAAACUCUAAAUCCACGAUCUUAUUCUCAGCCUAGCACUUCUCGUGGACACGAGCAUCCUGAAGAUAUACCAAGGGCGUCCUCUCGGGCAGAUCGCCUAACCCCCAAUCAGCCGCCCACUCGUGCCGAGACACCGUCUUCUGCUUCUCGCCUGGAGUCAAGAAGUAGCGGGGAACCCAGCAGUGUAGAAAUAUUCAAAUCUUUCCGAGUUUCAUGGGAAGAUCCGUGCUACAAGGUUCUUCCUGCCGCUCUGAAGAAAUACAACAUCCACUCCGACCCCAAACUCUACGCCCUUUACAUUGUCUAUGGUGAUCAAGAAAGGUGCUUGGCAUUGGACGAAAAACCAUUGCUUCUUUUCAAACAACUUGAAAAGGAAGGCCGAAAACCAAUGUUUAUGCUCCGCAAAAUUCACCCCGACAAUCCUUCCUAUCCUAUCCCUGGCUCGGCUCCCAAUAGCGCUGGUUUUGACAGCGGAAGGCCAUCUGGAGUGGGGCAGAUCAACUUACCGGGCGGUGUUCUUUGA